AUGGGAAAGGAGGGCAAAGGACUGAAGAGAUGCUCCACGUCCACCGAUGUCGAAGCAUCAGAUCGUAAGAGCAGGAAGCCUUUGGAGAAAGCUGAGACAGAGCUGCAGAAUUUGGAAACCCAAGUAAAUCCGCAAAAACGCAAGAAGAAGUAUGAGAUCAAGGAAAUGAAAAAAUUGAGGAAAUCUUUCCAAGAGAUGACUGAAACUAUGAAAAACCUACAGGAAUUUUUCCUGGGAAGGGCUGAUCUACCGGGGAUUACAAUGAAGGAGGAAGCACCAGAAGAACCCAAAGGGGAAAUGGAGGGAUCAGCAGAAUAUGAGUGCUGUUUUGAAACUGAAGAUUCAGAUGCAAACGUUGACCAUGCUGUGUUGGUUGUGGGAAUUGAUACUUGCCUUGCUAGGGAAGAUAUCAAGAGCGCUUUGAGGAAACAUUUUGAGUCAGGUGGAUGUCAAGUCUCACGGAUUUUUGUUCCCAUAGAGUGUCAAACCGGUGUUCCCUUAGGAUCUGCUUUCAUUCUAGUCGAUGAUAAGCAAAAGGCCUUGCGUUGCCGUGGUGCUUACAUGGGAAAAUCUGUGUUUCUUGUUUUGCUGGCUGAAGAUCAGGAAUUUUCCGUUACCUUCCCUAACUUUCGUGGGUGUCCAAAAUGUCCUCUUUUUCGUAUGAAGCACCGGCAGAGAAAUUGGCUCGCUAGGCGCUAG